AUGCCAUGCCAUGGUUUACGCUCACGAUUCCGGUCACGGAGCCGUGGAAGUCGAUCGCGUAGUAUCGCAAAAAGGCGUUAUACGCGAUACAUUUCAAGGUCACCCACGCGAACACGUCGACGUAGCCGCCGUUAUCGUACACCGUCAACCACGCUGUAUAGAAUGUAUUGGAUGGCAGAUAGCAGAAGACGAUUAAGACCUCGUAGAUCAAGCCGACGUAGAUUAACCCCAAGUAGAUCACGUCGUUCUUCUCGCUCACGUAGUCGCCGUUCAUACUCACGACGCUCACGCUCUCCUUACUGGUAUCGUCGUACCCGCCAAUCGAGUCCUCGUCGUCGUCGACGUCUUCGUCGUUCUAUGUCUGUUCGACAACGACGACGUCGUCAAAUACCUUCGAUCGAAUGGCUUGUACGUAGACGACGACGUUAA